AUGAGCGAUACAAAUUUAGAUAAUGCGACUAUUGAUAAGUUGAUUCCGCAAAUUUUUGAUCAGAUGCGGUCAAACCAGUUGAAUAAUACUAAGACGAAUGGGGGGUCCCUGCCGUUGUUUAUGUCUUCAGUCUCUACGCCCACGCUUUUGAAAGAAGUGGAACAGCUGGAUAGUAUACUGCCAGUUAUAAAACAUUUGAAUAAUUCGUUGAGACAUUCGACGUCGGAUAAUCUGAAUAGGAUAAAGAAAACGUGUGAGUCGGUGAACAAGGUGUUAGAUACUUGGAUCAAGAUCCAAUCUCAGGCGGGUUACGUUAGCGAGUUGUUGGAUGAUAAGGAGUAUCUUAAAUAUAUAGAUGCAACACAGGGGGAUGAGGCCAAGAAGCAGAAUUAUAUGGAGAAUAAAAGGGCAGAAGUGGAGGAGAUACGAAGGAAGAUUCAAGAGAAGAACAAACCUGCUGUAGCUACAGUAGAGGCGCCUCUUCCUAAGAAGCCUUUUUCUAAGGCAACAGCGAAUUAUAAAAAGGGUAAAGUGGGGGCAUCUGGUAUACCUAGGAGUAGUGCUAAGGUUCGGAAGCCCGUCUCGAAUCCAGUGGUUACUACUGGUGCGAAGAACCGGAGGAUGUUCCGUUAG